GUGAGCCAGACAGGUGUAAAAAUCGUUUAUUUGAAUUUUAAAAAUUAUUUUUUUCUAGAUUAUAAAACAGGAUUUGGAGGGAAAUUUGGAGUACAAACUGACAGAAAAGAUGCCUCAGCUGCUGGUUGGGAGGAGCACGGCCAGUUAUCUAAACAUGAAAGUCAAACAGGUACAUAAAUAUCAAAUUUUCUUACAAAUACUUAUUUGUCCUUGAAAGACUACAAAAAGGGUUUUGGUGGCCAAUUUGGAGUUCAAACCGAUCGAAAAGAUAAAUCAGCGGCUGGAUGGGAAGAACAUGAAAAAGUGCCUAAACAUGAAAGUCAAACAGAGCGCGGAUAAGGUACGUGAGGAGAGAGAAAAACGUAAACGAGAGGAUGAGGAAUUGCGUAAAAAACAAGCUGAAGAUGAACAAAAACGUCAAGAGAAGUUGGAGAAGCAAUGGGCCGACACAGAAGGAAAAGAGCAAGUAAUUGAGGAAUCCCCUAAACAAACAGUGCAGCAAUAUAAUAAAAUGCAUACUUCAAUUGGUGUUCGACUUCCUUAUGGUCAUGUAGACACUGCAACACCUUUAAAAGAUGAGCCUACUGAACAACCACCAACUGAACAACUACUACCUGAACAUCAGCCUGUUCAGGUUUUGCCUACUGCAAUUCAUGGGGCAUCUGCUACAGCCCACGCAUUGCUUUCUGAAUCAAGAAAAUCUACAAAUAUGGAUAAUGAAAAAGAGAAAGAACAUCAGAAUGUGGUUCAAGAGAAUCUGCCUGAAGUGGAUACAACACCUGUUGAACAUUCUCCACCUGUUAAUCAUCAAUAUGAAUUACCGCCAAAUUUAGAAGAAAAUGAACCUAUUCGAGAAACAAAUAAUACACCUCAACAUUAUUUGGAACAAAAUCCUCCAACAGAUCCAACCCCCACUAGAGGAUUAACUGCUAGAGCUAUUUAUGAAUAUGAUAAACAAGAUGAUGAUGAAAUUGGUUUUGAUAUAAACGACUUGAUUACGGACAUUGAACAAAUUGAUGUUGGUUGGUGGCGAGGAUGGUGUAAAGGACAACAUGGAUUAUUUCCAGCUAAUUAUGUUGAAUUAGUCAAUCGUUGA